GAUAAAUGCAAGAGAACAUCAUCACCCGACACCAGAUCAAAAUCAAACACUUGGUGGUGGGAAGUAGUGGAAAGUGCGGUGGAGAUGGAGGGUGUUAUCCGGUACUCCGCCAACUACGCCGCUCUGACUCCGAUCACCUUCUUGGAGCGCUCUGCCAUUGUUUACCCAAACUCGCCUUCUGUGGUGUUCGAUGACGUCACCUACACUUGGUCUCAGACCCAUCAACGCUGCACCAAACUCGCUUCUUCCAUUUCUCAGCUCGGUGUUUCACCCGGUGAUGUGGUUGCUGUAUUGGCCCCGAAUAUUCCAGCGAUGUAUGAGCUACAUUUUGGUGUUCCAAUGUCUGGGGCUGUUCUCUGCACGUUAAAUACACGCCAUGAUUCAGCAAUGGUUUCGGUGUUAUUAAAACAUUCUGAGGCUAGGGUCCUUUUUGUAGACUAUCAGUUUCUUGAUGUGGCUCAAGGAGCACUUGAAAUCCUGUCAAAAGCAAACAACAAGCUUCCCCGUUUGGUCUUAAUUUUGGAGUGUGGCCACCCAGCGCCUCACACUGAUCAUAGUUCUUCCUCUCCUGGAAUGUUGAUCUAUGAGGAUGUCAUAGCUCAAGGGAAUCUUGAAUUUGAGGUGAGAAGGCCAAAGGACGAGUGGGAUCCAAUCUCACUCAAUUACACUUCUGGAACUACAUCUAGUCCUAAGGGUGUCAUCUACAGCCACAGAGGCGCCUAUCUUAAUGCCUUGGCUACUGUUCUUCUCAACGAGAUGAGGUCUAUGCCAGUGUAUUUAUGGUGCGUUCCCAUGUUUCAUUGCAAUGGAUGGUGCCUCCCCUGGGGCAUUGCUGCUCAGGGUGGCACUAAUAUUUGCCAAAGAAGUGUAACUUCUGAAGGGAUAUUUGACAAUAUUUUUAAGCACAAGGUAACGCACAUGGCAGGAGCACCUACUGUCUUAAACAUGAUAAUAAAUUCACCACCUAAAGUACGGAAGCCACUGCCUGGAAAGGUUGAAGUGAUGACAGGUGGUGCUCCACCACCACCUGAUGUGUUAUUCAGGAUGGAAGAACUAGGAUUUGUUGUGGCUCAUUCAUACGGUUUGACAGAAACUUAUGGUCCAGGAACAAUUUGCACGUGGAAACCAGAAUGGAAUAGCCUGCCUCGUGAUGAGCAGGCAAAAAUCAGGGCCCGUCAAGGAGUGCAGCAUCUCGGAUUGGAACAACUUGAUAUAAAAGAUCCCCUGACAAUGAAGAGUGUACCAGCUGAUGCAAAAACCAUGGGUGAGGUGAUGUUCAGGGGCAACACUGUGAUGAAUGGAUAUCUGAAGAAUUUGAAAGCAACACAAGAUGCAUUUAAAGGUGGAUGGUUUAGGACUGGUGACUUGGGAGUAAAGCACCCUGAUGGUUACAUAGAACUUAAGGACCGCUCAAAGGACAUUAUCAUAUCCGGGGGAGAAAAUAUCAGCUCGAUUGAGUUGGAAGGUGUGAUUUUUAGUCAUCCAGCAGUUCUUGAGGCCGCUGUAGUUGGGAGACCUGAUAAUUACUGGGGAGAGACACCUUGUGCAUUUGUGACACUGAAGGAAGGGUAUAGUGCUACAGCAGAGGACAUAAUACAAUUUUGUCACAAGCGUUUGCCUCGCUAUAUGGCUCCUCGGACUGUGGUGUUUGCUGAUCUGCCAAAGACAUCAACUGGCAAGACACAGAAAUAUGUUCUGAGGGAGAAGGCAAAGGCCAUGGGAAGUUUGUCUAAGAAGAACACCAGCCGAUUGUAAAGUACAGUAUUAAAGGAAAGAAAUCGAAUACAAGUUUUUAAUGUUGCUUUCUUGUUGUAAAUUCAUUUUCGUAUGCUUGUAAUAUAUUUUUCUCUUUGCUGGAAUAAAAACUUUCAGCAAAUCAACUGGACAUUUGGACUUGAUUUUGUUUCCUCCUUUCAGCAAGUCAAAUGUGUUAGCUGUCAUGAUCAAAGGAGGGGAAAAACCUAAUGUGGUUACUUAUAGUUCUUUGA